AUGAGAUCGUUCUGUCCCGUGUCAUCAGAGCUGUUUUGGAUAUGGACGCCAAGCGUUCAUGAGAGUUGGGUCGAGCCAUUAUUGACCAAGGGUGAAGUGAAAAAUGCAGUCCCAGAUGCCGAAGACACGUCAUCUGCUGCUAUGCAGUACGAUAAUGCAUGGCUUUCGAGUGAAGGGUUCUUGCCAUUCAGAUUGGCUGUUCCCAGAGAGAUCAAGAGAGAGGAGGAUACCAGAAACGGGAGUCUCGUUACUGUUGACGGCCGCAUUACGGCAUCGGAGUGGGAGGACUCGAGGCUGCUCUUCCGCAAAUAUGCAUCUACGGACUCCCUUUUUCAGGCAAAGGCUAGUGCGUCGGGAUUAUCAAAAGUGAAGUGGCUUAGUCACUAUACAGUCGAACGGCAGGUGAAGCAGACUGCAUACUGA